GCCGGAUUGUUCUAUCGUUAUGUUCCUCUGGUCCAAGCGCUUUCAGACAGUGCUGUUUACACUUUACAGCACUGCAAUGGACAGCGGUGCAGUAGUAUCAGGUGCACUAUAGCAGUGAUUUCCCCUGAUGACAUCUAAAUCAAAGGCUCAACUGGCCCCUCUGCCAAGGACAGAGAUCCUUGCAUAUUGGGUGCUGUCCUUAGGCUCACAUCUCUACUCUUUCUACCAACUUCACAGGUUCUCCAAAGAGCAUGAAGCAGGAUUAGAGAGAGGAUUCCAGUUGGAAAAAGGCCUUGUCAAGGGUUUUAAAAGGGACCUUUCUGACUUUGAGUGGAGUUUCUGGACUGAAUGGGCUAAGAAGUCUUUGCUGUGGACUCUAAUUGGUCAUGGCGUGAUAUCAAGAUUGACCAGCAUCUUUAAUCCCAAGCUUAGGGUGCCAGCACUCACCGUAUAUGGCCUCUUAGCAGCCAGCAGUGUGUUGGGGAUUAAAGGUGUGAGCGUGCUGCUGGUACAUGUGGGCCUGUCGUUUUCAGUGGCCCAAUUACAAAAGCCUGCUCUGUCAUGGUGCUGCAACCUUCUGCUGCUCUCCACACUUCACAUCCAUCCACUACAAGAGAUCCAGAGAGGCUGGUAUAAGACCGAGGAGGAGUACUAUCUGCUCGUCUUCAGUGUCGCUGUCUGUGGACUUCGCCUCAUCAGCUUCAGCCUGGAGCAUUGCUGGAGCCCUGCAGACGGUGGUGGAGCUGUGCAGCUCGGCUGGUUGUUUUCAUACACCUUCUAUCAUCCUUUUUUCUACAAUGGACCCAUUAUCUCGUACAGAGACUACACUGAGCAGAUGCGAAGGCCUGCUGAGGAGUGUGACGGGGACAAAUCUGGUGUCAUAUACUUGUUGCUCAGAUCAGGACGAAUCAUACUGUGGUGGUGCCUCGUGGAAUACAUGAUCCAUGUUAUGUAUAUGCACUCCAUCCAAUCUAAUGAGACAUACUUAGAGAUCCUCCCUCCCUGGGCCUUGGGUGGUCUGGCGCUGGCCCUUGUCCAGUUUUUCUUUGUGAAGUAUCUGGUGCUGUUCGGCUUUCCAUCCAUGCUGGCUUCUAUGGAUCAACUAGUUCCCCCAAAGCUCCCUCGCUGUGUCAGCAUCAUGUACAGUUUCACAGGGAUGUGGAGGCACUUUGACGCCGGUCUGUAUCGAUGGCUCAUCAGAUACAUCUACGUGCCGCUGGGAGGUUCUCGCCACGGUCUUCUUUACCAAAUGUUAUCCACUGGCCUUGCGUUCGGGUUCGUCUGCCUGUGGCACGGCGGCCAUGACUACUUGCGAUACUGGGCCCUGAUGAAUUGGGUCGGAGUUGUGGUGGAAAACACACUGAAAUCUGUCUUUGCCUCAUCUUACAUUCACUCCAUUGUUGAGCGACAUUUCUCUCCGGCGAUGGAGAGGCGUUGCAUUGCCCUUCUCUCUGCCUUCUCCACCGCCAUGCUCAUCCUCUCUAAUCUGGUGUUCCUCGGGGGGAUACAUGUUGGCAGAAUCUUCUGGAAGCGUGUCUUCAUUCAAGGUUGGUCCACCAUUGCCCUGCCUAUGCUGGCUUUCCUCUACUGCUUUGCUCAGAUUGGACUGGAGUGGACUUCUCGCCCACCAUGAGUCACCUUGACUUUGUAUCGGAGGCAGAAUCCCCCGAAUGCGACCUGCUGAGUCCGGAGCCUUGUCCUCACCAGACAGAGGCUCUGUGGCACACCUGGCUCUCCUCCACAGAGCGUCCUAAACCUGGCUGAAUGCAGCUGAGCAGACACUUUUACAACCGGCAAGGCCGUGCAAAAUCUGCCUGUAAGCUAAGACUUAAAGGAUCACUGCGGAUUCUCUCUGAGGAGUUUCGUGGAAAAUGAAAGUGCACAUAAGCUGUAAUUGACUGAAAUUCAGGGCAUUUCCAAUAUGAGCCCUCACAGUGUCAAAGCAUGUUUUCUACACAAUAAACUACACUGAAUCAC